CGCCAGAUCCUGUUCGCGUCGCUAAACGCCCGGAGCGUUGCUUGUUUCCUUCCUUCUUCCUCAACCACCACUUUCUGUAGCUCAACACCAUCUUCUGGUAAUGACCAUCAUGGCAUCUGAUAGCAUCAAAAAGGUGCAAGAAAAGCUCUUUCGUGGUGGCCCCGGCGAAGCUGUCCAACAGUCCUUAGAGCGCGAGCCUGGUUUGACGAUUCACAUUCCAAAACCUGCAUCCUCACCUUCCCAGCCCCCGCCCAAGCUCUUCAACGCACCAGAAUCUACCACGAGGAACGGUGAAGAGGUUGAACAUGCAUCGUAUCGUGAACGGCUGGCAUCCAAGCUCGGUGCUGAGUACAGAGGUACAGAAAGACAUCGUCUGCUUCAAGACGCCAAAAAGGAGCGUCAUUGGAAGCGCUGGGGUCCAUACUUGAGCGAUAGGCAAUGGGCCACCGUUCGCGAAGAUUACUCUGGAAAUGGCGACGCCUGGAGCCAUUUUCCUCACGAGCAGGCUCGUUCUCGUGCAUACAGAUGGGGUGAAGAUGGUAUCGCCGGCCUAUCCGACAACCAUCAACGCCUUUGCUUCGCUCUCUCCUUCUGGAAUGGCGAGGAUCCCAUUCUGAAGGAACGGAUGUUUGGUGUCACUGGUCAUCAGGGCAAUCAUGGAGAGGACGUCAAAGAGCUUUACUACUACCUUGAUUCAACUCCCACUCACUCGUACAUGAAGUUUCUCUACAAGUACCCUCAGCGACCCUACCCGUACGAAGAACUGGUCACUGAGAACCAGAACCGCAGCCGCGACGUUUCCGAAUACGAAAUUUUGGAUACUGAUGCUUUUGAUGAAGACCGAUACUGGGAUAUUUUCGUAGAGUAUGCCAAAGAUGCAGAUGACCCGGAUAACAUCUACGUUCGCGUCACUGGCUAUAAUAGAGGCCCCGAUCCUGCUACUCUUCACAUUGUUCCCCAAUUCUGGUUCCCUAAUACCUGGUCGUGGUACGAAGAAAAACCCCCGAUGCCCACUCUCUCGGGAUCGGUUCGUAGUGAUAUCAACUGCAUCACUGCCAAGCAUCCCGAAUUACCGAAAACUCAUCUGUACUGUCUUCCUUCUCCUCCUCCCGUUGGUCCAUCAGGCGAUUUUGAAGGAGACCCAGAUGAUGCGGUCGAACCUGAGCUCCUUUUCACAGAGAACAACACUAAUUAUAGCCGGCUCUAUGGCGGUCAUAACGAAACACCAUACGUUAAAGACGCUUUCCAUGACUACAUCAUCCCUUCUCACCGUCCUCCUACUUCUGAUUCUCAAGAAGCCUUCUUUUCACCUCGAACCCGCCCUAGAACUGCAUCCAUUAGUUCCCGUCCUCCAAGUGAGAGCGAACGCGAGGAAGGCCCGUGUACACCAUUCCCCGAAGAACCUUCAUACGUCAACCCGGAAAAGAGGGGAACCAAAUCUGCGGCUCACUACGUCUUCAGAGAUAUACCAGGACAGGGCGGCUGCGUUGUAGUCCGGUUGAAAAUGACACCACUCUCCCCCAGGAAAGACCCCAGUUUAUUCGAUGAAGGUGUUUUUGAUGACACAGUUGAAGCCCGUCGCCAAGAGGCCGAUGAGUUCUACAACUCUAUUGUUUUUGGUCCCACUAGUGACGAUCUCAAGCAAAUUAUGCGGCAGGCGCUGGGUGGCAUGUUGUGGACGAAACAGUUCUAUCAAUUCAUUCAGAAAGAUUGGAUUCAGGGCGAUCCUGCACAACCUGCCCCGCCUCCUGAGCGUAAGUGGAUCAGAAACAGGGAAUGGCGUCACAUGCACGUAGCUGACAUCCUUUCCAUGCCAGACAAGUGGGAAUAUCCAUUCUUUGCUGCCUGGGAUACCGCAUUCCAUUGCAUUCCUUUGGCUGUGGUAGAUCCUGCAUUUGCAAAAAAACAGCUUGACUUGCUCACACGAGAGUGGUACAUGAAGCCCGAUGGUCAGAUUCCAGCGUACGAAUGGAACUUUGGAGACGUCAACCCACCGGUACAUGCUUGGGCUACUUUCCGAGUAUUCAAAAUCGAACGCAAGCUUCAUGGUAAUGAAGAUAUACCUUUCUUGGAGCGUGUAUUCCAAAAACUGCUCCUAAACUUCACUUGGUGGGUUAACCGAAAGGACCAAGGUGGAAACAAUGUCUUCGAAGGUGGCUUCCUCGGUCUGGAUAAUAUCGGUGCUUUCAACCGUUCUGAGCCCCUUCCGACCGGAGGAGUCCUCCGUCAGGCCGACGGAACUGCCUGGAUGGGCUUCUACUGCUUGAACAUGCUUAAUAUGGCAUUGGAACUAGCUAAGCACAACCCAGUCUACGAGGACAUCGCUUCUAAAUUCUUCGAGCAUUUCAUCUUCAUCGCCGACGCCAUGACUUACAAGGUAGGGGACGACGAGCAAAGUCUCUGGAAUGAAGCCGAUGGCAUGUAUUACGAUGCAAUACAGUUCGGACCCGGGAACUCCAUGCAACUACCCGUUCGCAGCCUCGUCGGUCUUAUCCCUCUUUAUGGGACGUUAGUCCUAGAACCUUCGACGUUGAACAGAUUCCCUGGGUUCAAAAAGCGUGUCGAGUGGUUCAUCGAUAAUAGGCCAGAGGUGGCCGCCCGUAACAUGGCAAACAUGAAGGUUCGUGGCAAGGACGAGCGCAGAUUGCUUGCCUUAGCGAGCAAGGAGCGCCUCAUCAAGAUUCUAGAGAAGAUGCUUGAUGAAGACGAGUUCUUAAGCGAACAUGGGAUUCGAUCACUCUCGAAGCUGCAUAAAGAACAACCCUGGGGAAUGGAUGUCAACGGACAGCGUUACGAGGUUAAUUAUUGGCCUGGUGACUCGUUAUCUGGGAUGUUUGGAGGCAAUUCAAACUGGAGAGGACCAAUCUGGUUGGCUACCAAUUUCCUCUUAAUCGAAAGUUUGCAGCGAUUCUAUCAAUAUUAUGGUGACGACCUCCAGGUCGAAUGUCCUACUGGAAGCGGUGAUUAUAUGAACCUUGCCGGAGUAGCUGAAGAGAUUCAGCACCGCAUCAUCCAUAUAUUUGGGCGCGAUAUGCAGGGCCGACGAGCCACAAAUGGGGGCAACCCUAAGCUAGAUUAUGACGCCCAUUUCCGCGACUACGUCUGGUUCUAUGAGUUCUUCCAUGCUGACACUGGAAAGGGCCUCGGUGCCUCACAUCAGACCGGGUGGUCUGGGUUGGUAGCAUAUCAUAUUCUUCAGAGUGGCGUUACCUGCCGACUUCCGAAAACUCCUAAAACUCCUCGCAGCCUUGCACACCACUACUUUGAUGACACAAUCGAUUCUCAUUCUGAGUUCGGCGAUGAUGCUAAAUCAGCAUUUAGUAUUAUGAGUGGCUUUGACGUGCACACCUUCAGUGACCUUUCUCCCGACGCGCUGUAAAUGCUGCGGGACACGGCAACUCAUGAGUAUACAAGUGUCUGUGGCGGUCACCUUAAGACUUUGUCAAGAAGUAAUCAGUUAGAGUACAAUAGCUAUAAGUUUUACAUAGAAUCGAGUAAACAUUAUAAUGAAGGUCCGCAACCCGUCCGUAUUAUCUUGCAUGAAUGACAGCUUGCGGAUAUC